CGACAUAAUAGAUCAUUCAGAGGACGUUGGUCUUGGGUACUGAGGGUUACGUCGAAGUUGUGGCUUAGUCCUGCGGUGUUAUCGAUGGUAGCUCGUUAUUGAAUUUUAAAUUAUAGAUAUUUAAGUCUGAAAACGUAGCCGACGUGCUAAAGAUGACUGGCUGGAGGAGUGAAAAAAAGUGGUGAGAUUGUUAGAUGCAGCGAGGGAACGAGAGGAAGGUUUUGCCUUAUUUUUUUCUUUUCGCAGGUUAGCAGGAAUUUAAAUUUCACAGAUUCCAAAUACUGCGCAAUGUUCUGCGGUUCUGGCAGAGUACCAAACUUUUCGCUCCCCCCCUCACCCGCCUCUCAAUUUCUUAUCAAAUAUAAAUGUCGGUUUGAUUCAAGCCUGAGAAGUGCGAAUAAAUGAACAAGAUAGCAAAACUGAGCUUGCACCAAAUGCCAGUCCUAUAUUGCUCCUUUGCACUUGUUUUAGGUUGGAGAGGGAAAGGGAUUUAAUUGGUAUCAUGAACAGGUGAAUUGUAAGAAACAACUUCUUUAUGGAAUGAGUCACAAUAAAGGAUAACUAGAGAUAGAAAAAAAUAAUCCAAAUACAUUUUCUAGUUCUAUUAUUUUAAUUAAGAUGGAACAAAAGCUAUAUGUGAAUAGGAAAGAGUAUUGAUAUAAUGCAUACAAAAUAAUGACACGUCAGCUUAGUAAUGUAAAUAAUAGAAUGGUUUCACUGAUGGACCAACAGUUCACCUUUGCUGUUGUUUAUAUUUUUAGUGGGAAUUUUAAUUUUUUUACAGUUUAAAAAAAACCAGUAGAAUCCAAUAUUUUCAAGAUGUGCAAAAUAACCAUGCUUUUAUAGAAGAAUGAAAGAUUUCCAGUUAGGUGCUGGUUAAAAUAUAGCUACACUGAAGAAUUAUGAAGUGGGUCUGUGUGGUGCUGAUGAGAAAAAUACACCAUCAUGUCUGGAUGUGUUCAGCGUUGGUUCCAAAGAAAGCAAAAUCAGUUCAACAUUGUUUUAUCUAUAACUGUAGACUGAUGUCAGAUCACAAGCCUCGGAACAUUAUAGACUCUUACAAGCUGCUUAAACUUCAGGAAGGGUGUUCAUUGGAUGAUGUUAAAAAUUCGUUUUUAGAGCUUGCUAAACAAUACCAUCCAGAUAGUGGAUCAGUUAAAGCAGAUUCUACAAUUUUUGUUCAAAUUGAAGAAGCAUACAGAGUUGUUGUUAAUGAUAUGGCCAAGAAAAUAAAAUCAAGAGAUAAGGAAGAGGAUGAUGAUGAUGAUGAAGACAAAUUGAAAUCUAAAGCUCUACAACAUAGACAGUAUUUAAAUUUUGAAGGUAUUGGUUUUGGUACUCCAAGUCAAAGAGAAAGGCAGUAUAUGCAGUUCAGAGUUGAUAGAGCUUCUGAACGACUAAUGGAAUAUCGACAGCGACAAAUGGAGAGACAGCUAGCUAUGGGAGAUAUUAUGCUAGCUAAAGAUGUAAAGCAAAGUAAAAAAGCAAAAAUAACCCAAGCAAUUGAACGCUUGGUUGAAGACCUCAUUCAAGAAUCUAUGGCAAAAGGAGACUUUGAUAAUCUAAGUGGUAAAGGAAAGCCAUUAAAAAAAUUUUCAGACUGUCCACACAUUGAUCCUAUGACACACAAUCUGAAUAGGAUCCUGAUAGAUAAUGGAUACCAACCAGAAUGGAUACUUAUGCAGAAAGAAAUACGGGAAACAAUUGAAAAGUUAAGGAAGACUAUAAUAGCUUCUAGGAAUAAGUUAGGUGAUCCAAUUACCAUCCAAAAAGAGAAGCAAUGGAAGGAAGUUUGUGAAGAAUUUAGGGAAAACAUUAAGAUAUUAAACAAAAGAAUUAAUGAUUUCAAUUUAGUUGUUCCUAUUCUUAGCAGACAGAUGGUGCAUUUUAAUGCAGACAAAGAGAUUGCACGUGUAGAAGACAUCUUUGAAGCCCAGAUGAAAAAGUCCGAGACAGAAGCAAAGAAAACAGAAGCUGAAAUGGAACAUGGUAGACAUGACAUAAAAACCAAUUUUUUUAAAUGGAUAGCUCUUAUUUUGAAGUAAGAUCAAGAAUUUAGUCAUUUAAUUUCAUAGUCAAUGAACUUUAAAUAAGAUUGUCCUAUUAACUAUUGGAACAAUCCCUUAUUCAAACUGAAGAAGUGAACUGAAUUGCAAAACUACAAAUAAAUGUUUAUUAACAAUCUUA